AUGAUGCUGACGCGGGCUCCCAAUCCACCCCGGGCGCCUGAGGCAAAACUGAGCCAGCCUGGGGCACCAGGCUUCGCCAGUACGGCCGCGGGACGCCCCGUCAGCGGGCAGGAGCUGUGGCAUGAACCCAGCGUGCGGGACCGAGGUGAAGACACCCCGGGGAAGCUGCGACGGGGGCUGCGGCAGGCCGCAGGCAGCCCGGGGCGCACAGGCACUCUCCCGAAGCUACCGAGAUGCAACCGCGAGGCUCUGCAGGUCCUUUUCGUGUCCAAAGGAGAGAGAGAGAAGGGGCAGCCUCCUGCUCCUGCUCCUGCUCCUCCUGCUCCUCCUCCUGCUCCCGCUCCU